AUGAAACAUUUCGCUGUGGUUGCAACAACACUUACUUCUGAAGUACACACCGCUGGCUUCUUCCGAAUUGAGUUGCACGCGCAUUUCGCUGUGGUUGCAACAACACUUACUUCUGAAGUACACACCGCUGGCUUCUUCCGAAUUGAGUUGCACGCGGUGAGACACUCGUCACCUGAUUCUGAGGUUGGCUUCACCCCUGUGACGGUAUCUCCGCGUUUUUGUCCUAGCUGGCUUCCGCAAGACAAAGAGUCUUCAUCAAUGAGACCAGCAAUCAAUAAUUGGUCGGCACAUUUUCAUGCGAUGAACAAGAAUCUCUGGGACACAAAUCUUGCAAAAAUAGCCAGCGCGUCGACAAGAAAAUGCAUAUACAAACUUUCUGACUCUCCUGGCGUUCGCGAAAACGUAUUUUGGUCUACCUCACCCCAAGAGUAA